GGGAGCGCGAGGGGGAGGGGAGUGCGCCCAACUUCUGCGGGUGGACCCGGGAGGCAGCCCCGGCCGCAGCCGCACGUGCGGAGACCCGAGGCCCGGUGUCCUCCCGGCACAGCGCGGAGGCAGCUGCGGCCUGAGAGACGAGGGAGGGGAGGAAACGAGGUCGGAAAGGCAUGUGGCCGGGACAGAAUUGGUGGGGUGCCCCCUUUCUCAACAGGGAACCUGAGACAUUUUUCUUUUUUUCUAAUUGCGUAGGUGAGUUUCCAGUUUCACAAGAAAGCCUGGUUUAGUGGGUACUGCCAUUCACCCAGAGUAAUAUCAGUGUUUGGGCACCUAUCCUGCACCCAGAAAGCUCCCAGUGACUGUGAUGAAUGAGUUUUUCUCUCCUGAGGUCUUUCUUCCCACCUGAAGUGGGGACCUUCUACCCUACCACCGCACCACCCAGCCCAUCUCAAUAAUUAGUGCGACACAGAGAACCUGAUGCCACCUCUCCGGAUUGCCCCAAGCCGUUUACUUUCCCAGCUGUAUUGUGGAUUGAAGCCUCCAGCCGCUAUACAAACCAAGAUUUGCCUAACAAUGGCUCGUCCAAGUUCAAGUAUGGCUGACUUCCGGAAGGUUUUUGCAAAAGCCAAGCACAUAGUCAUCAUUUCAGGGGCUGGUGUCAGUGCUGAGAGUGGGGUACCGACUUUCAGAGGAGCGGGAGGUUAUUGGAGAAAAUGGAAAGCUCAGGACCUGGCCACCCCUCAGGCCUUUGCCCGAAACCCAUCCCAGGUGUGGGAGUUCUACCACUACCGGCGCGAGGUGGUGCAGAGUAAGAAACCCAACGCCGGGCAUCUGGCCAUCGCUGAGUGCGAGGCCCGGCUGGGCAGGCAGGGCCGACGGGUCGCGGUCAUCACGCAGAACAUCGAUGAGCUGCACCGCAAGGCCGGCACCAAGAACCUUCUGGAAAUCCAUGGUAGCUUAUUUAAAACUCGAUGCACCUCUUGUGGAGUUGUGGCUGAGAAUUACAAGAGUCCAAUUUGUCCAGCUUUAUCAGGAAAAGGGGCUCCAGAACCUGAAACUCAAGAUGCCAGAAUCCCAGUGGAGAAACUUCCCCGGUGUGAAGAGGCAGCGUGCGGGGGCCUGCUGCGACCGCACGUGGUGUGGUUUGGAGAAAACCUGGACCCUGCCGUCCUGGAGGAGGUCGACAGGGAGCUGGCCCUCUGUGACCUGUGUCUAGUGGUGGGAACUUCCUCGGUGGUCUACCCCGCCGCCAUGUUUGCCCCCCAGGUGUCUGCCCGGGGGGUACCGGUGGCCGAAUUUAACAUGGAAGCCACCCCUGCAACGAACACAUUCAGGUUUCAUUUCCAGGGGCCAUGUGGGACGAUGCUUCCUGAAGCCCUUGCACCUCAUGAAACUGAAACUGUUUCUUAAUUGCCCUGAGGAAGGAAGAAAUCACAGCGUAUCUACCAGGCCACCAACAGGAGAAACAGUCUUGUGGAUGGUGAGCUGAAUACUGAAAGGUCUGAAUAUAUCUUCUGGAAUCCAAACUGCUGAUAAAUGAUGGGACUUAGAAGAAAUAGUAGUAAACGUGUUUAGAAGGAGAAGUCACAGAACUUCUCAAGUCAAUUCAUGUUAUUUGGUUUGAACCUAAACAUAAGAUACCUCUGAUGUGUUUGGUUGGUUACCAGGAGGGAAACAACUUUGUAAUUAGAUUGUCUAAAAAAAGUAAUUUUUUUUUUUUGCUAUUUGGGUAGAGGGGUAAAACCCUGGUAUUUCUGAUUUUUGUGCAAGGUUUGGUGGAAAAUAAAAUCCCUUUCUACAGCAGGUAAUUGACUGUAUAAAGAUGUUACCCCAAGAGA